AUGCUCAUACUACAUUCCUCGUCGUCCCUUAUCCUUCUCUUAUCCUUCCCUCAUCCUCCAUAUCCACAUCCAUUUAUACCAUCACAUAUCCACCCAUCCCCACCUACCCAUAAUAUGCACAUAUCGCCAAAUGCUCAUACUACAUUCCUCAUCGCCCCUUAUCCUUCCCUCAUCUUCCAUAUCCACAACCACUUAUACCCCAACAUAACCCACAUAUCCACCCAUCCCCACCUACCCUUAAUACCCACAUAUCGCCACAUGCUCAUGCUACAUUCCUCAUCGCCCCCUAUCCUUCCCUUAUCCUUCUCUCAUCUUCCAUACCCCCAACCACUUACACCCCCAUAA